AGGUGAGUUAACCUUCUGUGCCCAGUCUCAUUGGACUCAGAAAUUAUAGUACACAAGCCUAUAGUAAUCUACGUAUCCUGAUAAAGUUCAUUUGAAGUUGCUGAAUUCAUUUAAUGUUAGCGCACCCCUCUCGUUUUUUAAAUUUCUAACUUGCAUUCAUAAUUUAUCAGUAAACAACCAGUCACAUAUUCAAUGCACAUGUUUUAGCUAUAAGGUGCAUAAUGACAUUAAAAUGACAGAUCAAACGGACUCUAAAUUGAGAUUGACACAUCAAGCUCCACCCCCUUUACUCUAGACCCUUUAAAGUGGCAGGUCCAACGUCAGCAUUUUAUCCCUAAUAGAUUACGAAGCACAUAUAAGGACGUUGAAACCAGACUGCGAUAUUUAGCAAAGGUGAAAGGUAAAUAUUGAUUGGAGCAAAAAACAUUCAAAUUAACAGAGGACCAAAGGCAAAAAUACCAACGUCAAAAUGGGCAACAUAUUUACAAGUAUAAAACCAAAUGUUUCGCUUCCAAAAGAUGAUGAUGAAUUUGACAUAAGAGAAAAGAAUCUAGAAACUGCGAGAAAAAACUACCAACUAGAACAAAAGACCCACAUGUUUUUGGAUGUCGAACAGAGAUCAAUGGAUGAUGUAAUUCUUAAUCUACCGCCAAUGCUACGAAAAUUACCAAAAGAAGAAAAGAGAUCUUUCUUACACGAGAUACGAUUUAUAGUUCAUUUUCUUCUUCAUCGGCUGUAUUGCGUUUUUCACCAGCAUUUGAAAUGGAGGAUAGAUAGACUGAUUCAUUUUAUCAUUUCAUUCCUUCUAUUUCAAAGACCAAAGCCCUCUGCACGUUACAAUAGAUGGACUAUUGAAGGAAUGAUCAGUCAUUUCCAAUGGUCAUUUUUUCUGAACGAACCAAUGGGCUGUAAGGUGUGGAGAAAAGAAGCGGUAGAUUUGCCUCAUCAGACCAGUUCGCAGAUAGCUCAGGCCGAUCAUUGGUUUGCGUGGCAGAGGAUAAACGGAGUGACUCGCAAUCUCAUUAAACGUGUCGAUGAAGUUCCUGAACAAUUUCUCCCAUUUGUUAAGGAAAUUGAAAAGAGCCAUCCAUACCUUAGUUCGCAGUCACUGCAAGUCCAAAUUAAGCAAAACAAUGUAUAUAUUGUCGAUUUAACAGAAAUUUCCCUUAAAGAACCAAAGCUUCUAGCGCCGGUAGCUUUGUUUACAGUUUACAAAAACCUGCUUAUGCCAGUUGCUGUAUGGCUCAACACCAAGACACAUGUUGAUGGAGAAGUUCACAAACCUCCACCACAUGGUGUAAAGUAUGGACUACGUUUACGAAAGUGGGUGGAAAUAAGAAUCUUGUUCAAUAUGUUAGAAGCUCAAUACCAUGAAUCAAUCACCCACCUUGGAUUCACGCAUAUGCUGAUGGAUGGAGUAAGCGUGUGCAUGCAUAGAAAUCUUUCAGACAGGCAUCCUAUCUACAAGUUACUUUCACCACAUUUCCAUUAUAUGCAUGGCAUAAACAGAGAUGCUCAAAAAGUUCUAAUUUCACCUGGAGGAUAUCUAGACGGAGUCAUGUACCUCAGGCGUGAUAAUAUGUUAAACCUGAUAUCAAAACACAAUGAAAUCUGGACGUUCACUACCCACGCUUCUAUUCCAAGAAGCUUCGAGACAAGAGGAGCAAUGAAUAUACCAGGAUAUUUUUUCAAAGACGACGCUUUGAUUUUGCAUGAGGCAAUACGCAAAUAUGUUUCCGAAUAUACAAAUUAUUAUUACGAAAAGAACGAUGAGAAUGUUGAAAAUGAUAGUGAAAUACAGGCUUUCAGAAAUGAACUUACGCUGGAAAGAAAAAUCGAUGGAUCUGGUGGAUGUGGAAUGAAAGGUUUUCCAAGCUUUAACACUGUCCAAAGCCUGGUCGAUGUAUUAACAACAUUUAUAUACAUCUGUAGCGUGGAACAUUCUGCGACUAAUUUUCCUCAAUUCGACCAAUAUGCCUUUCCACCAAACUUUGCAGCAAAGUUGCAUUGUCAGCCGGAACAAGAAAAGUAUACCUGUGAGGAGUAUCUUGAUGACAUUAUACCAACAAGGAAUGAAACGUUCUCUACGAUAGCAAUUAUGAAGAUUUUAACUUUACGACUCACGAACAGUAUUGGAAACUACGAAAACCAUUAUUUGCAGGCCAUGGAUAGCAAUGGAAGAGCGUUUGUUCAAAAGUUUCAACAGAAUCUAUUAACCAUCAAAGAUUGCAUAAAUCAGAGAAACAACGAAAUCCGUGAGGAAAACAAAGAUGUUACAUGCAAAACGGUUUUAAAGGAAUACCCAUAUGAAUGGCUUAAUCCUGACAAUGUUCUGAACUCCAUAAGUAUAUAACACAAUGAAGAUAUUGGGUAGCUGGAGUUUGUAGUAGGGCUGGUGUUGAAUUUGUUGAACUAUGAUUUGUAUGAUACAUUGUAACAAACUUUUGUAGUUUUUUGUUUUCAUGUUUGUCUUUUCCUUAUUUAUUCUUGCUCAUCGUUUAAAAAAAUAUAUGAAACGCUGUGUUAUCUUUAUUAAAGUGAUUACUUAUUCAAUUUUAGGAUCGAUACAUUUUAUACGCAUAUAUCAUGUAAACAGCGUUAAGAUACAUAUAAUAAGAAGUAGUAUGACAACUAAAUAUUGCAUUUAGUUAGCACAGUAUACCAUACUAGGUAAUUUUAAUUUAAGAAAUAAAGUAUGAGUUUUCGUAAAUGUUGUAGAAUAACCCCCGAGUUCUGAAAGAUAAAAGCCAAGGCGUUAGCUGAAGAUGUAAUCCUGCAACUUGUGAAUAAUGGUCGUGGUAUCUCUUUGAUCUCGGAAAUAAUUGUAGUAUAAAAGAAAAGGGAGUGUGUCUUUAUAAAAACAAACUAUGUAUUGUUUUCAUAAACUUAUUGUCUAACAUUCUCUAUGUUUCUAGUUUCAUGUCAUAAAUGACCAUGUUUUGUGAAUUUGGCGUCAAAUGUUAGAUUUAACAAUUGUUUUAAAGAAUAUGUAAAAAAAAAAGCUUUUUGACAAAAAUUGAGUACAUCCCAACAUAAUAACUUUAUCGUUUUUGUGUGGAAAGAUGUUCCCAAAUCUAUUGCUACAUUGUCUUUUUGCUUUAGUGUUUAUAUUUUACUUCAUAUAUCAUGAUCAGAAAGUAAAAUUACCCUAUAAUUGAUGAUAACAAAUUUAUUGCCGGUAACGUGAUAGUCAUUUACAUUUUAAUCUCUUUUUUAUUUGCUUAUAAUAGAACAUGUAAUGCAAAGAAUAAAUUUU